CGUAUUUCACUGGCUGGAUUUUGACAGUUCUCUGCCACUGUAACGUUGCCGGAAUGAGUUAAUAUGACUGUUAUAAACUGUUGAUAGAAGCUCUAAAGAGGAAACACGUGCUGCCUAAAAUAAGGGCACCGCUCUUGUGCAGAGUUUGCAGGCUACCUGCGCCCCGUGUUGGCGCUGUAAAAAAAAGCCCUUCUACACCAAAGCGACCGGACAAUGCACGGACACGGCUGUUUCCCUGAAGCGACGUGGUGGUAAUCUAUCGUUAUCCGCUUUCCUCGCCGUCUCUGUCGGUUUAAAGCUUUCACAGCGUCCCCGGAUUGGACUGUCAUGGCUGCCAUCCGCUGUUGACUAAACUACGUUAGGUUUCACUAUGAGGACGUAACAGCGCGGGUCUGUGAAUUGAACAUGGAACAUACCAACCCAAGCAGCCAUCCUGAGGAUGCUAACCAUGUUGAUGACAAUGAAAGAGGCAACUGGCAUAGACGCCUACGACUCAGGAAAUCCUCAGCUUCAUCUCUCACUGUGAAAAGUACGACUGAAGAGGAGAAGGUGGUUAUAAAACCACAGAAGAUGCCAUCCCAAAAUGAACGCCAGACUCGCCAAGUUGUCAACAGUUCUAGCAGCAAGCUCACAUUCACUUGCUCUGACUGCAAGGACAACACAAAGUAUUGUCCACAUGAUUUGUUAAACCACUUCAGUGUCUUUCAUGGAGGAAAAGGAGACCCACCGACUUUUCCUUGUGACAUAUGCAGUUUUGCUACCCCUGAGUUCACUAUCCUCCAGCAGCAUCGCAUGAAGCACAAACAGUGUAGGCUCUCGUGUGAGAUUUGUAAUGACAAUGUUUUACAAACGUUAUCCCAACUCAAAAAGCACUGUAAAACUCAGCACAGCCUAAAUGGACAGUACCACUGUGGAAAGUGCAGUUUUUCCACAAAGGAGCUAAAGAGUUUUGUGCAUCACCCUUGCCCAACCAGGACUGAGUCACCCAUAGAUAGCACUGAAAAAUCAGGUAUUAAACCCAUGAAUGGUGAACUGAACGGAAAUCAUCUGGAUGCUGAUGGGGCACCUCAGAAAGAGGAGCUCCUACAGCCCAUGGCUACAGACUGCCGUCAGGGAUGGAGAAGAAAGAACUGGUGGAAAAAGAGAGACAGUCUCCCAAAACCUCACAGUAUUAACACACCAGACUUGAAAGCCCUACUCACAAAACCAGAAACUCAGUGGACAUCCUCAGGAUUUCUGCCUUUCUCAGCUGCAGGUUUGCUUGAUGAAAACGGUGUACUUCUAAAUCCAGCCAGGACCUUAGAGGAGACCCAGCAGUUUCUGGAGAGGACCGUAAACAGUGGCAAGAAAUGGCCAGUCAGUCUAAAAGGUGAAUCAGAGCUUGCAUCUCAGCCUUGUGCUGGAUCAAAAAUUAAGCAAUACAGCAUACCACUGCCUGGAUUCAGGAAUUCUGGGCAGAGUAAACUCCCAGGUCUAAUGGAAAAAAAUAAUAUCUCAGUCCCUCCUGAUUGCACUACAAAGGUGGUUGGUUUCAAGAUGGUGGAUGGAAAAAAACAUCUUAUCCUUAAAGUCGUACCAUCAGCCAAGUCAGACGUUUCUCCAGACGCAGGAAAAGAAGUAUCUACCGGUUUAAAUCCUGUUGAAUUCAAUAGUAUAGGAUCUGAAUUUUCAACUGAGAGACCCAGUGAUCAGACAUGUCCUGAAUUGGGCAACACGAUCACUAAAAAUUCCUUGUUUCUCUUUUGUGAUGCUACCUCAAGUUCUGGUGAAAAGCAGAGUGAAAAGCAGCCUGAAGAUCCAACCGCACCUCAGGUAGAUAACACUGAAAAUGACUGUAACAAAGGCAGUCGUGCAUUUACUGAAAUUUCUAGUGCACCUCCACAACUUGCUGUCUCAGGAACAGAGGAAGAUUUUAAUGUAGCAAUUCAGAAGAACACUGAAAAACAGUUGAUGUCUCCUGGUGUAAUGUCUGACUCACACAACACGCAUCACCUCAAUGAAGUUGUGGCAAACAUAUCAGUGGAAAUAAGUUCUCUCAGAAAGGCGGAUAUCCAAACUCUCAAUGCAAACAUACAGAACGUAGAGCACACAAAGAAGCGCACAGACUCUCAGGAAAAAGCAGUAGAAGAUUUGACAGAAAACCGUCCUGAGCUUACCACAAGCCAAAAUGAUUCAGGUUGUCAUGGAGAUUUGGCUUCCAGUAUUCCAUCUGAUUUAGACAGUUUGGAAGAGGGAUUUCAGUCCCAGCUUUCAGGCCUGAUGUCUGAGGAAGACAGAAGCUCAAAUGUGGACUUGAUUAACGUGGAUAUGAAGUCAGGUGAAGACUCUCCAGUAAUGCAGUCACCCCUGCUUCCCUUGAAUGAGCAGAAAAUGGUGAACAUGCCGUCCAGUGCAGUUUCAUACUCUCCCACAACUCAAGAGAAGGAAGCCAUCUUCGAACCAAAUAUUAAUCCAACCGUUAUUUCUUUGCAAAAACAUACUACUGAGCCUCCGUUUAAUUCCCCAGGUGAAGAUGGGGGCUUGUUAUUCCAAGACAGCGGUGAUGAGUACACAAACAAUGUAGACCCCAGAGAUGCUCCUGUCCCCUCAGAGCAGAGCUGUACAACUGAAACUGUAGAGGAACCUAAUUGCUUAGCAAUAUUAUCACUAGGAGACUCUUGCCAUAAUGCAGACCUGUAUCAGACACUAGAAGAGCUCCCUGUUACCACCAUUAGCCAUUUGCUUGAUGACCCUGAAGUUACGUCCAGAGGUGUUACACACCAGUCAGAAGAACUAGGUAGUCUGUCUACCCAACACGUGGGCCUGCAGUCACCCAAAGCCAUACCAGUAGCAGCAACGGUAGCUACUGGGAAGAACUCUACACAGUCUAAUGUGUGCCUGCCACCAGCGAAUGAGCCAGCUAUGAAAAGAAAGAGACAAGGACAGCCAACUACACACAACUCUCAGGUGCCCUCUAAAUCUAGGAAACAGCUGGUCCAAAAUUCUCAAGAAAAGGACCCACCAGCAUCCAUCCCUUACUGGGAACCAAUUCCUGAAGCAGAGGAAAGGACCCUAAGGCUCUUGCCUGUUUGUUCCUCACAGCCUAUAAAAGUUCCACGCCUAAACCAGCCUGUUAUAGUUCUCAAUCACCCAGACACAGAUAUUCCAGAGGUGGUGAACAUUAUGAGAAUAGUUCAUAAGCAUAAGGGGGCAGUACAGAAGGUAGUACUGUCUCAGGGAACUCUGAAAGCCCUUUCGGAGCUGAGCUGUGACCCAUUCCGGAAAUCGCUCGGCACUAACUGCCAUUCUUCUCACUACAGAAGAGCAUGGCCGCAAGGAACAGUCAAAGAAAGGUUCAUUCUGAAACUAAAGCUGAAGAGGUUAUGCGGUAAUAAGUAUGAGGUGACACCUUCAGCCUCUAAGACGAACAGGUACCAGUCAACCUUCAGGUGCUGGUUUUGUGGUCGGCUCUUUAAAAACCAGGAAGCGUGGGUAGGUCAUGGUCAGAGACAUCUUAUGGAGGCCACUCGAGACUGGAACAAACUAUUCAACGGAGAAGGGCAAUGUAAUAGCCCUAUUCAGCCAUACUUCCAUUGAGCUUUUUUUGUGACACUGAAACUGUGAUGCACAGGCAUUGCUUGUUGAAAAGACUGUAUUUUACAAAAGCUUUUCAUGGGCAGCGCUGGGUUCAGAGGAUGCUGAAUAGCCAGGCAGUCUGAAUUACGGUCUGCUUGUGUUUGUGCAGAUCUCAGGGUGUGCAAGACAGGUUGCCUAAUGUCAUUCAGGGUUUUGAGGUAUAGCCUGCUAUUUGUCAGCAGGUCACUCUCGGUAGUGACGGGUUGAUAAAACAUCUCAGGGAUGGUGGGCCAACUAAAGCAGCGUUAUUUAUUUAUUUAUUUAUUUUCUUUUUAGCAGCGUCUCACUGUGAAAAGCAAUGUGCAUUAUUUGUAUAAAUAGAGGAUUAAGAAGUCCUUUUUUCGAUGUGGUCUGACCAAAAUCUUGACACUGCUGUAGCAAAGCUUUAGUGAUGUUAUGUGUGCUAAGCGGAGAUCAUUUGCCUGUAUUGCUUUGCCCUUAUUUGAAUACCAAAUAGAAUUUCUUUCAUUAAGCUAAAGGCAGGACAAUCUGUUUGAAUACUUUAUAGUUUAACCAGCUUAAAUGGUUUCCUUACAACUUAGGAUGUUUUGUUUGUUUUGAAGUAUUGAAUGUGAAACUACUGUAGAUAACUGGCAUUUAUAAUGUAUCUUAAUGGCUACAGUGCAUCCUUAUUUCUGGCAUUAAUGCACUGUCCUCAGACAUGUCCUUUUGAGUGCUUACUGAUUUUAAACAAGAAUACUCUUUUUUCUGAUUUUUUUGCUAGGAAAUGCAUUGUCAUUCACAUUCCUCUGGCUUGGAGUAGUUUUUCAGCUGCACCAGGAAUACAUCAAAUACCAUAUGUCUGCGGUUAGUCAUGUAAGUUUUUGAACCCAGUUGAAUUGGAGGUAUAGGCUACUUGUUGUAUAGCCUUGACAGUCUCAAAUACAUGCUUAUGUUUUGCUAAAUAGACUGUAAGCAAAUGUAAGUUAUAAAGAGUUAUAAAGCUUCAAAGGAAUUGUGAUAUUUUGAGACUAGAGCACUUCACUGUCGUCUGCGUUGAAACGCUGUUAUAUUCUUAGAAUCCUAUGACGUUUGUACACCAAGGGUGCUCACUGUUAUUUUCUGCCUGUGCUGUAGUGGUUUUGCUGCAGACGAUUCAGUUUCCCUAUGCUGUAGUUAAAAUGAUUUUAUUUAUACCUAAUUUGUAAAGGCAUCAGUAUUGUCAAAGAUCGAGCUUCAUUCCAAAUCAUAUUUUGUGUUAUACUCUUCACAUCUUAAUUAAUUUCUACAUUGAGAACUUUUUAAAAAAUAUAUGUUGCAUCUUUUAUUUCAGGUGAAUUAGGCCAAUAGAAUGAAUGUUUCCUCAUUUCUCAUGAUUAUUAUUGCACUUAGUUACGACUGUGAUUCUUUCGGUUUGAAUUCCAGUGGAGUAACUCGGAUCCAAGCCAGAUAAAAUAAUUGAAACUUUUUUUACUCCAGGACUCUUUUUCUCUGACUAUAAGAUCAAAAUGUUGUCUUUUUUUGUUUUCUAAGAUUUAAACACUGGUAAAGAUGUGUGUAAACCGUGAAGAACUGUGAAUAAUAUUUCCUAAUAAUGUACUCAAGUGCCUUUCCUCAGGCUUGUUACACCCUGUGUCCUUGUGCUGUGUGUAGACUUACUGCUGUUGAACAGAUGUCUGAUUAAGAGAAAUACAUUUGAACUGAUUGUUGU